GUAGGUGAGACCGGGCCUGCUUCCAGGCUUGGCUGCUGUUUGGAGGUGAGCCCUGUGUGCAGGGGAAGGGAGAGGUGGGGAAGGUUGUGCCUGCUAAUUAACAAAGACCUGGGACCUGGAACACACAAGAUAGCCAUCUGCCUUUUCCUCCUGCUCAGCCCUUUUGGCACGUGGGUAUAUGUAGGGGGUGGGUGUUUUGGGGGCUAAGAGAGGGCAUUUCUAGAGGCCUGUAUUUCAGCAUCUCCUAACCCAGAAAUUGCUGAGUCACAGAGGCAUGGCUCUGACCUUAUUUUUCUCCUGAGCUAGCUUCCAGAAUCUUUGAGUGGCAGAGGAUCUGAGAGCUCAGCUACCCCAGCCACUCCAUGGCAUGUUAAAGAGACAGAGGGCAACGGGGCUGGCCCAGACUGGUGCCAUUCUGACUGUUCCUCAAACGUACUCAGUGACAAGCCUCUUUCUUGGGCCCUUUAAGAAGCCAUUGGCUCUCCAAAUGAACACCUAGGAUGCAUAUAACCAACCACUUUCCCCAACUAGAUGUCCAUCCUUCCGGUGCAUGUGUGCACAGAUCUCUUGACUCCUAGGACCCCCGGCCUGUGCGGCCACACCUGCCAGGCUUGCAGCUGGCUCUGCCUCUUUCCUCAUUCCUUGCAGGGACCCUGCAGGCCCGCUCCGGACCCUUGCCAAUGGAGUUGAUAUUUGUUCCACUCUUUAGGCUGUGCGGCAGGCACAGCCUGGCACAGAGGGCACUCGUAUUGGCUGAGCAGCAGCUGGCAUUGUAGGGGAAAUGCCCAGCCUGGCCCAGAGGGCGGACCCAGGAAAGGCUGAGGGCAUCAGGCCUGCCCUUUGCAGCAAACUGGAGGGAGUGACGGGGGGUGUGCUGGCACUGUGGGUCCUGGUGACGCACAUAAUGUACAUGCAGGAUUACUGGAGGACCUGGCUCAAGGGGCUGCGUGGCUUCUUCUUCGUGGGCGUCCUCUUCUCAGCCGUCUCCAUUGCCACCUUCUGCAACUUCCUUGUGCUGGCCAUCACCCGACACCAGAGCCUCAAAGACCCCAACAGCUACUACCUGUCCUGCGUUUGGAGCUUCAUUGCCUUCAAGUGGGCCUUCCUGCUCAGCCUCUACGCCCACCGCUACCGGGCUGACUUUGCCGACAUCAGCAUCCUCAGCGAUUUCUGACCCAGGGGGUGAGAUCUCUGCACCCUGGGGUCCUCAGGACCUGGACUCAGCUUCUGAGACAUCAGGUGGGACUGUCCCACCCCUGGGGUACCCCAGCACCGUGGCAGGAAAUACACAACAGGAAGACUUUGGUCUCCCAGGACACUGUCCCCAUCCACUUUGGGGGAGACCUGGGGGUGGUGGAAAGGGGUCCUGCUCUGUUGCUCCUCAUUAGCCUGGCUGGAGGGAAGCUUUUCAAAUAGAUCUAUUUUCUUAGCACUCAGUGAGGAAGCUUUGUAAGGGCCAAGGCAACAGUUGAGGGGCAAAGAGGCCUUGACCCAUGCCUGGGGGCAGGUGAUCUGGUCCCUGCUGCCCCAGGGACUUUCCCUCAGACCAGGGUGGAAACCUGGGAAGGGAAGGUCAAGUAAGGGGUCUCCAGUAGAGACCUCACCCCAAACCCCAGCAUCCCAUCCUGUUGUUCCCCCAAGGUCUUGGGCAGAGAGUUCAGUGUCCCUGUCCCACCCUGAGCUGGCCUCCCGAGCGUGCUGGUCAGUCAUCUCCGUCACCACCCAAGUCCUCCCUCUUACACGCACCACACACCUCAGAGCAGGACUCCCCACAUGAGGCCAGACUAAGGAUCUUGGGGAAGGUGCUCCUGCCCCCAGAAGGGCUUGAGUAGGGGGCAGCAUGGUGUAGGCCGGAAGGACCCCAGAUCUGUGCCUACACACCUGCAGCCCUGCAUUUCCACUCGGCCUGCUCACACCUGCCCCUGGUUACACCCAGAACACCCCCUGCUAUGAGAUGCCCCCCCGCCCCCCGCAACUCCUGCCCCUCACCUAGAGCUUAUAUCUUUUUUUUACCUCCCUCUUGAAGGAUAAACCUGCUCUCUGCCCAUACACUGGCCCAAGGGCUCCCCUGACUCGGGAGGGAAGAGGCUACUGAUAUGUGUGUCUUUUUAUGUUAGGUUGCCAUUUUGCACGGUCUACCCCUUUCCCUCCUCAGCUCUUUGCCUUAUCUGUGUUACUGUCACUUAAGCAGAAAUACAGCAACUGUUUGUAUCAGA